GUUUUCUAUGUAAAUUGUAUAAAUAUAAAAUUGCACCACCAGACAACCUAUAUCAAAUCCCUCCCUCUUUCUCUCUCCUCUUUCUCUCUCUGUGAGUGGGUAAGUGGGCGGGUGUAGAUUUAUUUUAGUUUUUAUUCAAUCAAAAAUAUCAUAAAUUAAAACUAUUUUUGCAUACCCUUUUGAAAAUCAUUGAAUUUAACCCCCUUUUUUCCCUCGUUUUCCUGUGAUUUUUGCAUAAAGAUACGAUUUUGAAACAUACCCAAUUGCCAGAAAUCGAUUAAUUGGUUUGCAGAACCUCCAUUGUUUGUUACUGCAUGUGAAUUUCAUCUUCUGGGCAAUUCAGAAACCCUAGCAAAAUUAAAUUUUUGAAAUUGGGGAAAUUUGAAUUAAAAAAUAUUAUUUUUUGAUAAAAUUAUAUUCAUGGGUUGGGAUAGAUUGCAAAUUUGUAAUGGGAAUGAAAAGGGGUUUUUGAGCAAUUGCAAUUUAGGGCUUCAAUGGAGUAUCCCAGAAGAGAGUUCUCACCAACCCUUUAAAAGGGGGGUAUUUGCAAGUGUAGGGCAGGUGGGAUAUGGUGGUGGGGUACCACCAAACCCCACAAAUCCUAAGGACAAUGAAGGUGGUUUUAAGGUACCAUUGAUGGAUUUGUAUGUAAAGUAUGUAUCAUCUCCUGAAGGGUUCAAAAUUGUUGGGAUUCCUGAGGGUGUUGAGGAAGGGGAGAAGGGUAGGAAGAAGAAAAAUGGGUUGAAAUUGAAGAUUAAGGUUGCUAAUCCUUCAUUGAGGAGGUUGAUUAGUGGGGCGAUUGCCGGCGCGGUUUCAAGGACGGCUGUGGCACCAUUGGAGACUAUUAGGACUCAUUUGAUGGUUGGGAGUAGUGGACAUUCUACUACUGAAGUGUUUCAGGAAAUUAUGAAGAGUGAUGGAUGGACUGGAUUGUUUAGGGGGAAUUUGAUUAAUGUUAUUAGGGUGGCUCCUAGUAAGGCUAUUGAGCUCCUUACAUAUGACACGGUCAAUAAGUACUUGUCAGCAAAGCAAGGAGAACAAGCUAAAGUCCCUAUUCCACCUUCUCUCAUUGCCGGGGCCUGUGCUGGGGUCUCCUCUACCAUAUUGACAUACCCUCUUGAGUUGGUGAAGACCCGCUUAACCAUACAGAGGGGUGUCUACAAUGGUAUAAUUGAUGCUUUUGUGAAGAUCAUACGUGAGGAAGGUGCCUCUGAGUUAUACAGAGGCCUUGCCCCAAGCUUAAUUGGAGUGAUUCCGUACGCUGCAACCAACUAUUGUGCUUAUGACACGCUGCGGAAAGCAUAUCGCAGAGUCUUCAAGCAAGAGAAGAUUGGCAAUAUAGAAACCCUACUGAUUGGCUCUUUGGCAGGUGCCAUUUCCAGUACAGCAACUUUCCCUCUUGAGGUGGCCAGGAAGCAUAUGCAAGCAGGGGCUGUAAGUGGAAAGGUAUACAAUAAUGUGUUGCACGCGUUGGCUACUAUCCUCGAACAGGAAGGGGUACAAGGUCUUUAUAGAGGUCUUGGCCCUAGUUGUGUGAAAUUGAUGCCAGCUGCUGGGAUUUCGUUCAUGUGCUACGAAGCAUGCAAGAGGAUACUGGUGGAAGACGAAGAUGAGGCAUAGGAGAGUUCACCAACGGAAUUUAUUGACACAUGAAGCUUUGCGGCGACUUACCUUCUGCAACUUUUGUCACAAGGCCUUUGUUUGGGGCAACUCAAAUGGCCACUCGAUAGGAGCUUAUACUUUUUCUAGAGAUAUCACAGUUUUCCCCCCUUUUUUGUUAUCUUUUUCUAUUAUGAUUGAAGUGGAAUAAUAUGCUGAAGGUUUAAUCUUGUGGUUUAAUUAGUGAAAUUUUGAGUAGUUACAUAACUGGCAAUUUAAGUUUCUGCAUUAAAACAUAUGUAAUUGUGACUUGCAUCGCUCAAAAUCCAUUUUGCCACUAUGUACAUAAGUGUCAUUGAAAGUCCCCCCUAAUUGUAUCCCAAACAAUACCAUGAUAACUUAUAUUUUUGCUUGUUUUUGCUUUUUCGGCAAUGUAUUAGGUAACAUUGGGUUUUAA